AACCGAUCCCAAAAAAGAAGAAAAAAAGCUCGAAAAGAACCACGGUCCACGCACGGAGAGAAGCUCCGACCACCGCUCGCACCUACCCAGCGGCGACCACCGCAUCCCCCGAGCCCGGCGGAGGAUCUCCUCGGUGGCGCGACACCAUCCCCGGCGAACCCAGCUCCCAUAGGCAUGGAGAGCAGAGGCCCAGCCGGCCGCCCGAAACCCUAGCCCGAGCGGUCUGUGACAUCGCCGACGCGGCCGCGGUACGACCUCCGCGCCGUCCCCAAGCUCCUCCCCUUGCUUGUCCCCGACGCGCGGCCUCCCCGACAGCAGCGAUCUUUUCCCUGAAGCCCGGCCUCCCCGACGGCUCUGCGUGUUCUUGCCCUUGCCGACGCCCCCUCUCCUCCAUCGCUGACGGAGACUUCACAGAAGUGGUUUGUUGCGGCAACUCGUGAGGAUCAAGGGUUUGUUGCGGCAGUUGGGGAGCUGAUCCAGUUUGUUUCAACUGCUGAAAGUGACCGGAAAUCUACUUCUGGCACCGGGAUCGAGGCUGCAGCCAAAUCAGAGAGACCCUUCGUGCCCGCCUUCAAAUCCCGCCAUGCGCCGCCCUCGUGAACCUUGCCCUCCAUGGUCGGACGGCCUCCCACCUGAGCUUCUCGACAUCAUCCUCCGCUAUCUCACCUGCCUCGCUGACCGUGUCUACUUUGCUGCUGUCUGCCGUGCGUGGCGCUCUGCGGCGCAGGUCCAUAAAGGCACACCAUGCCAGGUCCCAUGUCUCCUUCUCCCGUCCCCUGUUGCACCCUCCUUUUUAAGCCUCCAAUCUGGGGCCACCCGCCGCCUAUACCUCCCGGAGGGCGUCCGUGCCGCGCGCCUAUGCGGCUCCCAUGAGGACGGCUGGGUCGCCCUCGCCUUGGACCAGUGGCGAGGGUAUGCAGCGUUGAACCUCCGCUCUGGUGCCAUGGUUCCUCUCCCUGACAGGCUCAGGAUCCCCAGCGAGCACGGCUGGAUUGACACCACAUGUGAGCACCCUAUGGUCAUCCGUACUGUCACCUUUUCGGGCACGCCAUCGACGGAUGGCAGCCUUGCCGCCGCGCACGUCUCCAGCGCUUCCAACAUAGCAUUCUGGCGGACAGGGAUGGACCGAUACUGGAUUGCAUGCAGGCGCAAUGUGGAUGUGAUCGAGGACAUCAUCUAUUACAAGGAAGGUUUCUAUGUCCUCUCCAACACAGAGGAUAUCGUGGUGUACACUCCUAACAUCGUCGACGGCGACGACCCUCUGGUGAUGUCCAGUACCUCCUACCUGGUGCAGAAGCGUGCUGACUACAAGCCCGAUAGUCGCCUGCCCAAGGGUGUCAGCAUGUCCCGCUAUCUGGUGGAGUCCCGCGGAAAACUGCUAAUGAUCCUGCGGCACUUCAAGCACAAGCAGCGUCGCGAGUUCAGGAUCUUUGAGAUGAACCUUGCUGUAGGCGGUGGGGGCUCUGAAGCUUCCUGGGUGGAGCUCCAUGCGCUUCCUGGUCGGAUGCUCUUACUUGGCCGAGGCUGCUCCAGGGCCUUCGAGGUGUCUCAGUUCGACACGCUCCCAGUGGGUAACAUUUAUUACCUGAACGAUACAAGCUUCAACCUAUCCUUGGCAUCGAGCAACGGGAGUUGGUAUCCCAGAACUAACAUGAGCGUGUACGACUUUCACAAACCACGCAACAAGACGAGACGCUAUCCGCGUAAAUUUACUUCAGAGUGUUCUGUUCCAAUCUGGUUUAUACCCUGAACCAAUAUACAGUUUUGGGGCGAUCUGGCAAGUAUGGCUAGCUAGUACCCUGCAUUGUUUUGCACUGUAAAGAAGAAAGUAGAUUCGUGUGAACAAAUUUAUGGCAUGCUGGAAACAUCAAUUGGUUAUGGUUUGUGUCAACUGAACAUUGUUAGCUUGGGCUCGUUUAGCAACGAAUUUUUUGAUAAUUGUGAUUGGUUGUGUGUGAUA